AUGGCGGAUCCAAAUAAUGUCUCGCAAUACAAAUACUCGGCGAUGUCGAACCUGGUUCUCCAGGCCGACCGCCGAUUCGUUUCUCGCAGAACAGACGAAAAUACUGGAGAUCCAGAAUCGCUGGCUGGAAGACUCAAUAUCCGUGACAUGGGAUCGCGAAUCAAUCGAGAACCAGCACCGAAACAGAAAAAGUUGGCUCCUGGUCUACAAGGUGUGGAACGAGGAUCGAUACGGGAAGGUGAAGAUGUUCUCGAACGUGAACAAAGGAAGCGAAAGAGGGGUGAGCCUGCCCAAACUCGAGGAGCUGGCAUUUUGUCUGCCGGCGACGCACUGAUCGAAGGGCUCAAAUAUCGUCCCAGGACUCCUGCUACUCGGGCAACAUACGAUUUAUUGCUCACCGUGACGGCCAAUGCUCUGGGGGAUGUUUCGCAGGAAAUCGUUCGAAGCGCCGCUGAUGCCAUACUCGAAUACUUGAAGGAUGAAAAUCUGAAGGAUCUCGAUAAGAAGAAAGAGAUUGACGAUAUUGUGGGAACUACGAUGACACCGAAGCAAUUUAACGAACUGGUCAACUUGGGCAAGAAGAUUACCGACUACGAUGCGCAAGAUGAUGACGAAAACACGGCCGAUGGCGCCGGCGCAGAUGAGGCCGAGCUUGAUGAGCGCCAAGGCGUUGCUGUGGUUUUCGAUGAAUCCGAUGAAGACGAAGAUGGCGUUCGCCGAACGUACGAAAUCCGAGACGAAGAUGAAGGAUCCUCGGACGAGGAAGAUGUUCAAGACCAACCUAGUCUCGAGGAAUCCGCAUCUGCCGGUGGAGCCGGAGCACCUGAUGCUAAUAUGGAUGGAGAUGAAGACACUGGAAUGGUUCUGGACGGCAGUAUGGGUGAUUCCGGCCGCCGAAAACGGGAUGACACAGAUUUCAUUCCGAUCCACGAGAUUGAUGCGUAUUGGUUGCAGCGUCAAGUCGGUUCUCUGUAUUCAGAUGCUCAUCUUCAGCAGCAAAAGACCCAAGAUGCCUUGCAAAUUUUGUCUGGCAAGUCACUUGCAGGCGAAGAGAUAUCCCUUCGAGACAUUGAAAAUGAUUUGAUGGACUUGUUCGACUAUGAACACCCCGACAUGGUUGGCAAACUUGUUUCCAACCGAGACAGAAUCGUGUGGGCAACGAGAUGGCGAAGAGUGGCUGAAGACGAUGAUGCUCGCCAUCUUGUAGAGAGCGAAAUGGUCGAAGCAGGCCAUCGAAGCAUUUUGGAUGAACUGCUCGGUAAAUCUGAUCGAAAUGGGGAAGGCCCACGUCCAGCCAAAAAGAUGAAGCUGGAUCUCAUGGAUAUUGACAUUCCCAAAGCACAGGCGGGUGAACAAGAGAAAAAGGAUGGGGUGCUUUCGGGAGGCCUGCAGCCUCAACGGCUCAUCAACCUCGAUAACCUCGUCUUCGACCAGGGAAAUCACCUCAUGACCAAUCCGAAAGUCGUCCUCCCACAAGGCUCUACGAAACGGACGUUCAAAGGCUACGAAGAAAUUCAUGUCCCGGCACCGAAACCCAAGCCAGCUCUGGGGGAAAAGAAUAUUCCCACCACCGAACUUCCUGAUUGGGCCAGACCGGGAUUUGGAUCGGCGAAGGAACUUAAUCGGAUACAAUCAAAGUGUUUCCCCUCAGCCUUCCAUGAUGAUGGCAAUAUGCUCGUCUGUGCUCCAACUGGUUCGGGGAAGACCAAUGUCGCCAUGCUUACCAUCCUUCGUGAGAUUGGCAAGCAUAGAAAUCCCGAGACUGGCGAAAUUAUGCUGGAUGAUUUUAAGAUCAUCUACGUUGCGCCUCUGAAAGCGCUGGUACAAGAACAGGUGGGAAACUUCGGAAAACGCCUCGCAACAUAUGGCAUUCGAGUCUCGGAACUGACGGGAGAUCGACAACUGACCAAGCAACAAAUCGCCGACACCCAAGUCAUCGUGACCACCCCAGAAAAAUGGGACGUCAUCACGCGAAAGGCCACCGACAUGAGCUAUACCAGACUCGUCCGGCUGAUCAUUAUUGACGAAAUCCAUCUCCUGCACGACGAUCGCGGCCCAGUCUUGGAAAGCAUUGUCAGUCGAACGAUUCGAAGGAUCGACCAGACCGGCGACCCGGUCCGGAUGGUGGGACUGAGUGCCACGCUCCCUAAUUAUCGCGACGUGGCCACGUUUCUUCGAGUCGAUCCGGAGAAGGAUCUUUUCCAUUUUGACGGAUCUUUCAGACCUUGCCCACUUCGGCAGGAAUUCAUUGGCAUUACGGACAAGAAAGCCAUCAAAAUGUUGAAGACGAUGAAUGACGUCUGCUAUGCCAAAGUCAUCGAGCACGUCGGCACGAAUAAGCAGCAAAUGCUGAUUUUCGUCCACUCUCGAAAGGAGACGGCCAAAACGGCCAAAUACAUUCGAGAUAAAGCGGUGGAAUUGGAGACCAUCGGCCAGAUCAUGCGAACUGAUGCAGCAAGUAGAGCCGUCUUGCAAGAAGAAGCAGAUGCGGUGAAUGAUCCUAACUUGAAGGACCUGCUGCCCUAUGGGUUUGGGAUUCACCAUGCAGGAAUGGGUGUUGCCGACCGUACCUCGGUCCAAGAACUCUUUGCUGAUGGCCUCUUGCCAGUCCUUGUCUGUACCGCGACACUGGCAUGGGGCGUGAACCUCCCCGCUCAUACCGUGGUCAUCAAGGGCACACAAGUCUAUUCACCCGAAAAAGGCAGUUGGGUGGAAUUGAGCCCACAAGACGUGCUUCAGAUGUUGGGUCGAGCCGGUCGCCCGCAGUACGAUUCGUACGGUGAAGGUAUCAUGAUUACAUCUCAGGCUGAGAUUCAAUACUAUCUGUCGUUGAUGAAUCAACAAUUGCCUAUUGAAAGUCAGCUGAUGGGCAAGCUCGCCGACAAUCUCAACGCCGAGAUUGUUCUGGGAAAUGUCCGAACCAGGGACGAAGGAGUGGAAUGGCUCGGUUACACGUAUCUGUUUGUUCGAAUGAUUCGAUCUCCAGGACUCUACAGUGUAGGUACGGACUACAGUGACGAUGAAACUCUCGAACAAAAACGGGUGGACCUUAUACAUUCCGCCGCGGUGGUCCUGGAAAAAGCGGGACUGGUGAAAUACGAUAAGAAAUCGGGCAAAUUGCAAGCUACUGAUUUGGGCCGCAUCGCGUCACACUAUUAUAUUACCCACAAUUCGAUGCUGACUUACAAUCAUCAUCUCCAACCCUCCAUCGGGACCAUUGAGCUUUUCCGAAUCUUUGCACUCAGUGAUGAGUUCAAAUACAUCCCUGUCCGACAAGAUGAGAAGCUAGAACUGGCCAAACUAUUAGGCCGAGUUCCGAUUCCGGUGAAAGAGGGCAUGGAAGAGCCGCAAGCUAAAAUCAAUGUCCUUCUGCAAGCAUAUAUCUCUCGACUCAAACUCGAAGGUCUCGCACUCAUGGCGGACCUCGUCUAUGUUACGCAAUCGGCGAGUCGAAUUUUGAGAGCAAUCUUUGAGAUAUGCUUGAAGAAAGGUUGGGCGUCGGUCGCCAAAAUUGCUCUGGAUCUGUGCAAAAUGGCCGAAAAACGAAUGUGGCCCACCAUGACCCCGUUACGACAAUUCCCCAUGUGCCCCCGGGAGUACAUCCAGAAGGCUGAACGCAUGGAGGUGCCGUGGUCGAGCUACUUCGAUUUGGAUCCGCCCAGAAUGGGAGAGCUCUUGGGACUUCCCAAAGCCGGUCGAGUGGUGUGUGAUCUGGUGUCCAAGUUCCCCCGACUGGAAGUUCAAGCUCAGGUGCAACCAAUGACGAGAUCGAUGCUCCAUGUGGAGCUCACCAUUACUCCCAAUUUUGUUUGGGAUGAUGCGUUGCACGGAAAUGCUGAAUCCUUCUGGAUCGUCGUCGAGGAUUGUGACGGUGAAGAAAUCUUGUUCCAUGAUCAGUUCAUUCUGCGACGCGAGUUUGCCACGGGCGACAUGACGGAACAUUUGGUCGAUUUCACGGUGCCGAUUAGUGAGCCGAUUCCGCCCAACUACUUCAUUACCGUGGUCUCUGAUCGAUGGAUGCACUCGGAAACGAGAGUUCCCGUUUCAUUUCAGAAACUGAUUCUUCCUGAACGAUUUCCGCCCCAUACCCCGCUCUUGGACCUCCAACCAGUGCCGGUGCAGGCCCUUAAGAUCAAAGAAUACGUGGCCCUCUAUCCAAACUGGGACCGGUUCAACAAGAUCCAAACGCAGGUUUUCAAAUCUCUGUACGAUAGCCAUGACAGUGUGUUUGUAGGUGCUCCAACGGGAAGUGGCAAGACGGUAUGUGCCGAGUUUGCUCUCCUACGACACUGGAAAAAUCCAGAGGCUGGAAAAGCGGUUUAUGUUGCUCCCUUCCAAGAGUUGGUGGACUAUCGUCAUGCUGAUUGGCAAAAGCGCUUGGGUCAGCUGGGUGGGGGAAAGAUCAUAUCAACAUUGACCGGUGAAAUCGUGGCCGAUCUUCGAAUUUUGGACAGAUCAGACCUCGUUCUGGCGACUCCCACUCAGUGGGAUAUCUUAUCUCGGCAAUGGCAACGCCGGAGAAACGUACAGAAUGUCGAGCUAUUCAUCGCGGAUGAACUUCACAUGAUUGGUGGCGAAAAUGGAGCGGUUUAUGAAGUGGUGGUGUCCCGAAUGCAGUACAUCCACAUUCAGCUGGAAAACAACAUGCGGAUUGUCGGACUGAGUGUACCACUUUCCAACGCCAGAGACGUGGGUGAAUGGCUGGGGGCCAACAAGCAUACCAUCUACAACUUCAGCCCGAUGGUGAGGCCGGUCGGACUGGAAUUGCAUAUUCAGUCAUUCAACAUCCCACACUUCCCGUCGUUGAUGAUGGCAAUGGCGCGACCCGCGUACCAGUCCAUCUUACAGCUAUCUCCCGAUAAGCCCGUCAUUUGUUUUGUGCCCGGCAGAAAACAAGUUCGAGCCACGGCUCUUGAUAUCCUUUCAGCAUGCAUCAUGGAUGACGACGAUGAACGUUUCCUUCAUACCAAUGUCGAAGAACUGGCUCCAUUCUUGGAACGAAUUCAUGAGCGAGCGUUAGCUGGAUCUCUCACGCAUGGCAUCGGUUACUAUCACGAAGCGCUAUCGACAAGCGAUAAGAGAAUUGUGUCCCAUCUCUUCAGGAUUGGGGCUAUACAAGUCAUGCUCGCUUCCCGAGAUGUCUGCUGGGAACUUCCCGUCACGGCACACAUGGUCAUUAUCAUGGGCACGCAGUAUUUCCACGGCCGAGAACACCGCUAUGUUGACUACCAGAUUAGCGAGAUUCUCCAGAUGUUUGGCCGAGCUUGCCGGCCGAGUGAAGACAAAGUCGACAAGGGCGUCCUCAUGGUCCCUGCUGUCCGAAGAGAGUAUUACAAGAAAUUUCUCAAUGAAGCCUUGCCGAUCGAGAGCCACCUGCAACUUUGGCUGCAUGAUGCAUUGGUCACGGAAAUCAGCACCAAAACCAUAACUUCCACCCAAGACGCCGUCGAUUGGACGACGUACUCAUACUUCUAUCGUCGCCUGUUGGCCAAUCCCAGUUACUAUGGGUUGAACGACACUUCUCACGGUGGCUUGAGCGCCUAUCUCUCCGAACUGGUCGAGAAUACCUUGAAAGAACUGGCAGAAGCGAAGAUCAUCGAUUUGGACGAAGAGGAUGACUCCCUCUCGGCCCUCAACCCGGCCAUGAUCGCGGCGUACUACAACAUCUCCUUCAUCACGAUGCAGACCUUCCUUCUGUCACUGAAUGGCAGGACGAAGCUGAAAGGAAUGCUUGAAAUCGUGACCUCUGCCACCGAGUUCGAAUCUAUCCAAAUGAGACGCCACGAAGACCACAUCCUCAGACGCAUCUACGAUCGCGUACCCGUCAAAAUGUCCGAACCGGCCUACGACUCCCCUCACUUCAAAGCCUUUGUUCUGCUCCAAGCGCACUUUUCACGCAUGCAACUCCCCAUCGACCUCGCCAAAGACCAAGAAGUAGUCGUCAGCAAGGUGCUCAGUCUCCUUUCCGCGUGUGUCGACGUGUUAAGUUCCGAAGGUCAUCUCAACGCCAUGAACGCCAUGGAAAUGUCCCAAAUGGUCGUGCAAGCCAUGUGGGACCGCGACAGCCCAUUAUUGCAAAUCCCACACUUCGACUCCAAGAUCGUCGACAUACUCGCGACACACGGCAUCAAGGACAUCGACGACUUCAUGACCGCCAUGGACCCAAGCGAAAACCCUGACCACGCUAAACUUGUCGCGGCCAUAAACCUGAGUAACCGCCAGCUCGUCGACGCCGCCAACUUCACCAACAACAAGUACCCUAGUCUCGAACUGGACUUUGAGGUCCUUGACAAAGACGAGGUCACCGCAGGACAACCAUCGUACCUUCAGAUCCGCAUCUCGCGCGAAGUCGGGGAAGACGAAGAUGAAGGCGGAGAUAACGCCGAAGUCGAUCUCACAGUCCACGCGCCAUUUUACCCGGCCCGCAAGCUUGAGAACUGGUGGCUUGUGGUCGCGGACGAAAAGACAAAGUCGCUAUUGGCUAUUAAGCGCGUCACCAUCGCUAAGAAUCUCGUGACAAAGCUGGAAUAUAUCGUGCCGACGCCAGGGAAGAAGGAUCUCACAUUGUUCCUGAUGGCGGAUUCGUAUGUGGGUGUUGAUCAGAGUAUGGCCUUUAGUGUGGAUGUUGCCGAGGGCAUGGAUGAAGAUGAAGAUGAGGAGCAGGAAGAUUGA